ACGCCGGCGUCCGCGCCAUCGGCGAGGGGGUGGCGGCGAGGUCCUCUGUCGGCCGUGGUGUGACCCGCGCCGCGGUCCCGCUCGGUGCCGGCCAUGGAGGGCGUGCGCUGGGCCUUUUCGUGCGGCACCUGGCUGCCGAGCCGCGCAGAAUGGCUGCUGGCCGUGCGGUCCAUCCAGCCCGAGGAGAAGGAGCGCAUUGGCCAGUUCGUCUUUGCCCGGGACGCCAAGGCAGCCAUGGCUGGUCGUCUGAUGAUAAGGAAAUUAGUUGCAGAGAAAUUGAAUAUCCCUUGGAAUAAUAUUCGUUUGCAGAGAACUGCAAAGGGAAAACCAGUUCUUGCAAAAGACUCCUUGAAUCCCUACCCCAAUUUCAACUUUAACGUCUCUCAUCAAGGGGACUAUGCUGUGCUUGCUGCGGAGCCUGAGCUACAAGUUGGAAUUGAUGUAAUGAAGACUAGUUUUCCAGGUCGUGGUUCAAUUCCAGAAUUCUUCCAUAUUAUGAAAAGAAAGUUUACCAACAAAGAAUGGGAAACAAUCAGAAGCUUUAAGGAUGAAUGGACUCAACUGGAUAUGUUUUACAGGAAUUGGGCACUGAAAGAAAGCUUCAUAAAAGCCAUUGGUGUUGGACUAGGCUUUGAAUUGCAAAGGCUUGAAUUUGAUAUAUCCCCAUUAAAUCUGGAUAUCGGCCAAGUUUAUAAGGAAACACGUUUGUUCCUGGAUGGGGAAGAAGAAAAAGAAUGGGCAUUUGAAGAAAGCAAAAUAGAUGAGCACCAUUUUGUUGCAGUGGCUCUUAGGAAACCGGAUGGAUCUAGACAACAGGGUGUUCCACCUCAAGAUGAUUCUAAACCAACUCAGAGGCAGUUUACUAUUCUCACCUUUAAUGAUUUAAUAUCAUCUGCUGUUCCUAUGACCCCCGAAGAUCCUUCAUUUUGGGACUGUUUUUGCUUCACAGAAGAAAUUCCAAUACGAAAUGGUACAAAGUCAUGAUAGGAUUCCCUGAGUAACAAAGGAAAAUGAAAACUAUUUGUAAUCUUCUGUAUUCACUAAAAAAUAAAUGCCUGAUUGUAUCAAAUUUUAUUUCAAAAACCAGUUUUUAAAGAACAACUUUUCCUAUUAGAAACCGCAAGCUGUCAGUUCAGGAUAGCUCACUAGGAUAUGUGUUUCCUCUUCUUUUCCCCCAAAUUGCACUGGAUUGACAAGUAGAAAAGGUAGCAGAAUCCUGAAGUGAUAAGUGCUUGUUGUAGAAAAGAAUAGAAAAUACAAAUAGGCAAGAAGGAAACAUUUAAAUUCUUACCUUUCUGCGAUCAUGAUUCCUAAAACCAGAAGUAUCUUUCGAGCCCUCCUUCUAGGCAAAUAAAUCCAUAUUGGUACACUUUUUUUUUUAAUGGAAACAUGGUGGUGUAUCUUCUUUUUAUUGUCUUAACUGCACAUAUUCUGGUCAUCAUCAAUAAUUUGUGGCACAACCGGCAGGCACUAGAGGCUUCUGCUGUAUAGUUCAUAUCAGGAUGCUUUUGACCAGAGGUAAUCGUGUCCAAAUACAAUGAACUUGAGUAGCCAGGAGCACGUCUCACCUGACGUCACACAGUGCAGAGGUGCCCUCGAGGACACUUGCUUGGACCAGAGGUAACCGUGUCCAAAUACAAUGAACUUGAGUAGCUGGAGGCAUGUCUCACCUCCCCUCACAGAGUGCAGAGGAGCCCUCCAGGACACUUGCUCUGCUUGAGCCUCAGUUUGUUGGUUUUGCCUUCGGCUUCUCUCCCUCAUCGUAAGAGCUGCUCUUGUAACUUCAGCUUCAGCCCUUCGUAGAUUAGUAUCUAACAGGCAGCUGAGGCCAUUUCACCUCCCAUGUCUCAUUGUGUCAGGGAAGAGGGCUUGCCCAAAUCCCGGCAUUUCCCCUGACUUCCUGUUGAUUCAGAUCUCUGAGAAAGCUGUCAUCCCCUCCCACAUUGUGCACCUCUGUGAGAAGUGGACUCUGGGUAAGGGGGAGGCUGAGGGGUGGGGGCAGGGUGGCGAGCAACCUUGGUGUGGUGGUCGGGGGCAUUUAUCCUGCUGCCUGAGGCCUAAGUCAGGUGUGCUGUGGCCCACAGACUAUCUCUGGGUUGGGCUUUCUGUCUGCACUUUAACUACCAGCAGUGGUGCAUGGAUGAUGGUCCUGUAACCACGUUGUGAGUUCCAUGCUUACUUGAGGCCGUAAGAAAGCUUCUACAAGUGGCCCACAAGGCUUGAGCAUUUUUAGAGCUCUGUGAGUAUUGCCAGAUGACUCCAGCAAGGCCCCACACCUUAUUACAUGUCUGGUUGUUGUGUGUGUGACACCCUCGCUCCCGCCCCCUCUCCCAUACACAAUCUCCCUGGUCAGCUGUAGAUACUAUCCCUUUUAAAAUUUAAUCUUUGCCAAUAUAAGUGAAAAAUGGGAUCUUAUUUUUUUAAUUUGUAUUUCUUUAAUUACAAAUGAGAUUGAUACAUUGGUGGUGCUUUGGGCUGUUUUUAUUCCUUUCUUAUGAACCACUUUUUGUUGUCUUUGUCUGUUUUAAUUUAGCAAAUAGGACUUAGAGUGGGAACAUAAUAUAUAAGAUGCCAAGACCGUCAUGUCAAUGGCAAAUCUCUCAUGGCUGUAGUGCAUGUCUUGGGGAGUUAAAGUCUUGUUACUGUUAAAUAUCAAGAAGUGAAAUAAUUUCAUUGUUUUGUUACUAAAAUUAAAAAUUGUGUGUAAAUUGUAUAAAGUUAGAUACUUCGUAAAAGAAAAAUUGGAAUGUUUUGUAAUUUUUUAUUAAGCAUGCCCAAAUAUCCCACGCGUAGUAGAUAAUGUGUUUUUAAAAGAUCAAGUAGCAUCUAACACAGGAAACGUUGUUAUUCCCAGCAUGAAUGUAAUGGUGAUAUGAAAAUCUGUCAUUUGUCUUGUCAUGAUAAUAAAGCUGUUACCUUUAGUGAAUUUUUAUGA